CUGAGAAACACGUGCCAAUAGAGUUCAUUUGCCUUUUAUAGUUUGGUUAUUGCUUCUGUGCCCUGGCUUAUUUUUUUUUUAUGUAAAAUUUUCGUUCAUGGAUUCACCGACCAGCCCAGUUGCUUUGCCACUGCAAUUUCAACUGCUUUACAAUUGGGAGAUCAGUGCACGGAAUGAUGCAUUGUUAAAGAACAAGACACGCAUGUAUCCUGCAUUGCAGUGCAAACUUGACGGCAUUCCCAUUUACCGUCUUAUCGAGUAUCAGUUCGAGAACCAUUACGUUUCGGCGGGCCAGCUGUGGAAGGCCUGCGGGCUGACCAUCACUGAAGGCCUACUGCUGUUUCAACUCAGAUCGGGCUACGAAAUGGAUUUCCUAGUGAACAAUUUCCCCUUUUGCGAUAUCUGGGUCAGUGUUCCAAAAGCGCGCAGUAUGGCCGCCAGCCUCGGUGUGGACGUCGAGCUAAGCGGACUCCUUGAUCCAGAUCUCGAUUCGAUAUUUUCUUCCGAUAAUACUUCGCGCAAUGAACUGGUACACAACUGGCGAGCCCAAUGCAUUCCUGAAGCCAUGUAUUCAACGCGUGCACUUUUGGAAACCGCCUUUGACAAGAUUGAGCCGCUCACGAUGAAUCGAAAAAUUCGAACCCAGAUCAGUCGACACAAGCAGACCGGUAUGGUGAUGAAAGAUCGCAUGGAGAACGGUAUGGUGCAUUGGCAAGCAUGGGCGCACGAGCAAUUCCUUCACCUACCAGACGAUAAAAUUGAAACUGAUGAUUUCGACCAAUCACGCACAGCGGUGUGGGAUGUGUUGCAAGGACUGCUGUGUGACCUGCGAACGUUGACCCGAGGAGGACAUCAGGUGAAAUCAUCGCGCGUUCUGUCGGAUAACAUGAUGGUCGGAAAUAUGCCUUUGAAGCGCGAAUACCUCGGACAAAGUCGUUUACUGCAGAAUAUAUACAUCGCUGUGAUGGCGGAGAAAAUCCACAAUGAAAUUCAUAACCUAGCGAAUCAUCAACGGCGAUUACAAGCGCGAUGCCUUACCAAUAUAUCUAUGCACGAGUCGGGAAGCGAUCAGCGGAAAGACAAAGAAAGCACCUCUCACGGAGAAGAAAACGAAGUGAAUCAAGACAAUGAAAAAAAGCGAAACACCAUGUUGCUGUCCACCGAUUCGGAACUGGAGGAGGGUAUGGACCCGCAAAUGAUGUUGCACGACCGUAUGGAUGCUUUCGAGCAAGAGCUGUACCGAAUGAGACGAAGAGGCCGGAAAAAGAUCGAAGAAACGCAGUUACGGUAUCAGGAACUACAGCUUCGGGUGAAUACGUUGGAGACGUGGAAGGCCAAUUAUGAACAAUCGCGAAAGAGUGAGCGGGUAUGGAUGCUUAUGUUAACGGUCUCCAUUAUUUGUGCCAUCGUUGUCUUUCCGGCCUUCAGAUCGCUGAUCAUUGGUUACACAAGACCGUAAAGGAUCGCCCAUUCAAAGUCGGCUUAAUUAUGGGAUUCUUUCUCAGCCACUGUUCCCUUUCCUACACCCGACCAUCUUUUUCUUUCCCUUCCUUACUUUUUUUUCUUUUCCCUUUCCUUUCAUCCUCCGUUUCCUUCACCUUGUUCAAUAUCCGCAAUAAAAAUAA